AGACAGACAGAGAGACACAGAGACACAGAGAGACAGACACAGAGACACAAGCGAGAUGGAGUCGCGCUUUCAUUUCCCAUUCAUCAAACAAGAGCGUGAAGAAGACCCCAGUGCUGGGACGUGGUUGGACCCGGCGAUGGGACGUGAAGACGCUCGCGCCGUCACGAAGCAAGAAGACGAAGGGAGUCUGGGCACCGAGAGGCUGAGGAUUGUGGUGAAAACUGAAGUGGAGCAAGACGCUCCAGAUCCGAACCGUUUUAAAGUGGAAGAAUCCAGUGGCUGGCCAGAGGAGACCCGGAAUUCCCUCGAAUGUUUGGUCACUGCAGACCAGAACUUCAUUGAGGUGGAGUUGUCAGAAGAGGACUUUGGUGGAGAUGAUGAAGCAAAAGAAACGGGACUGCUGUGCGAGGAGUGCGGGAAGGGCAGACGCUUCAACGCAAAGACAGACGAAGCAGCGGAACGCACCACCACCACCACCAGCACCACCAGCACCACCAGAACCACCAGCACCACCACCACCAGCACCACCAGCACCACCAGCAACAAGACUCCGCGAGCCUGCAAGCGGUGCGGGAAGGCCCUUGGAAUCUCCGCGUCGCGCGCGACGGCCGCCGGCGACAGGAAGAAGCCGCACGCGUGCGCGGAGUGUGGGAAGGCGUUCGCGACGCGCUCCUAUUUAAAAGCGCACUCCGUUUCGCACACCGGCGAGAAGCCGCACGUGUGCAAGGAGUGCGGCAAGGGCUUCGUGCGUCUUUUCGAUUUGGAGAGGCACGCGAUAACGCACACCCUUGAGAAGCCGCACGUGUGCGAGGAGUGCGGCAGGGGCUUCGCGCAACGUGCCAAAUUGGAGCUGCACGCGAGGUCGCACACCGGCGAGAAGCCUCACGUUUGCACGGAGUGCGGGAAGGGCUUCGCGAUACGUUACAGCUUAGAGGCGCACAUCCGGUCGCACACGGGCGAGAAGCCGCACGCGUGCGCGGAGUGCGGCAAGGGCUUCGCGCAGCGUUCCGAUUUGAAGGCGCACGCGAGGACCCACACGGGCGAGAAGCCGCACGCGUGCGCGGAGUGCGGCAAGGGCUUCGGGCUCCGCUCCACGUUGAAGGUGCACGCGAGGACGCACACGGGCGAGAGGCCGCACGCGUGCGCGGAGUGCGGCAGGGGCUUCGCGCAGCGGUCCACCUUGGAGGCGCACGUCAGGACGCACACGGGCGAGAAGCCGCACGCUUGCGAGGAGUGCGGCAGGGGCUUCGCCCAGCGUUCCGAUUUGAAGGCGCACGUCAGGACCCACACGGGCGAGAGGCCGCACGCGUGCAAAGAGUGCGGCAAGGGCUUCGCGCAGCGUUCCCAAUUGGAGGCGCACGCGAGGACGCACACGGGCGAGAGGCCGCACGUGUGCGAGGAGUGCGGCAAGGGCUUCGCGCUGCGGUCCACGCUCAGGCUGCACGUGAGGACGCACACGGGCGAGAGGCCGCACGUGUGCCAGGAGUGCGGCAGGGGCUUUGCCCAGCGCUACACCUUGAAGACCCACUACAGGACGCACAGUGGAGAGUGGCCUCACGCGUGCAACGGGUGCGGGAAGGGCUUCGCGCAACGCUCUGACUUGGAGAAACACAAACACGCUGGUGAGAAGCCGCAUGUGUGCGGGGAGUGUGGGAAGGGGUUUUCUCAGCGCUCAAAACGUAGGGAAAUCGUAGGAGCACGCUGGCAGGAUGCCGCACGUGUGUAAGGGGUGUGGGAAAAGUUUUUUUUUUUUUUACAAUGUUCAUAACAAUUAAUAGAUCCACAUCCUUUGCAAAUUGGAUGCAAUGGUCGAUCAAAAAAUCAGGAGGUGCGGGACCAGAGUUCAAAGUUCUUCAUGCGUCAGUGUUCUGUCCUCGUGCAGUGCGACUAUACAGACGGUUAAUCACCGUCCCAACAAUGUGCGUUCAAGACAAAAAUUACCUUCUGCACUUCCUUGUAUUCAUUGAAACAACCGUUGAAAAGUUACAUUCGAAUCGGCAAAUACAUCCAGUAUGAGUCGACAACGGUGCGAAACUGAAAGAAAGGAACUUCAAUGCAGCGUUCUUUACGCGUGUAGAUUGACACAACAAUCCCACAAUGUGCAAUGUAUACGUAGGCGGUGUGAGCUCGCCUGUAAUUAAUCACGCGUAUCGUUGUGCACCUUGCUAAUUUGCUACGGAGAGCCAGGUGCAGUUUUUAAAACGAAUAAUAUAAGAAGGCAAUGAUGAGCAGAGAUAGGACCCCGAGCAUCACGUGCCCAGCAGAGUUCUGAGCGAUUGAGCUGCGGUGUUGUGACGUGGAAGGUGAUAGGCGGUGCCAUGGGGGGGGAACCAAUUUCGAUUGGCUGUUCCCCUUAUGGCGUUUAUAGCCACCACAAUGGCCAGUGGGGGCUCUGGGUGGGUGCAAGGAGCUAGUAACCCCCCCCCCCCCCACCUUCAAUUUAAUUACCAUUAUACUACGUGGAAAAAAAAAUCUAAGCUUGUGCCAGAGGCUCUGGGGGGGGGGGGGGGGGGGAAUAGGCAUCUAUGAUAUCUUCUGGACAUUCCUCCAGAAAUGGCAAAAAGCUACUGCGAGUGGCCACGUGGAAUGUUCAAAUUCUCACUGCGGAGGAGAGACUGAAACUCCUCUCUCGGGAGCUGAAACGGUACCGCCUGGAUCUCUGGAAUUUAGGAGGUCCAGUAGACCGGCUCUAGUUCCAGUCACCAUGAGGGGUGGACAGUCCUCCACUCGGGGCAAGAGACCGCUAAACAACAGGGAGUGACUCUUCUUCUGAACAAAAUAAUGAACGGGGUGUGAGAGCGUUGCGUUAAGGUGUGGGAAGCUGUAGGCCCCAGGCUACUGUGGGCUUGCCUCCCCAUCAACAGGAGGCAAGGAGUGGUGGUGGUUGCUUACACCCCACCGAAGUUAAAUAUCAGUGGAGGGAGUGAGGUGCCUUCUAUGACCUCCUGUCACAGGUGCUAGCUAAAGUGGCCCCUCGGGACAGAGUCAUCCUGUUGGGUGAUUUUAAUGCCCGAGUUGGUCGUGAUGCUGGCACCUGGUCUGGAGUGAUUGGAAGGCAUGGGCCAGAUCAGCUUGAUAACAAUGGUAGAUUGCUAGACUUCUGUGCAACCCAUGAGCUUAUAAUUACCAACACGCUGUUCCGGCA